AUGGCGUCCUCCGCCCCCGGGAGAGGAGGAGGACAGCCGAUCCCACGGGCCGGGGUAGCGGCGGCGGUUGUGGCGGUGAUGGUAAUAGUUGUGGCGGAGCCGGCGGCGGCGUGCUACCCGCGCGUGUUCAGCUUCGGCGACUCGCUCACCGAUACCGGCAACUUCAGAUUCUACUACGGCAACAACUCCGGCGAACCCGCGCUCCGGCCACCCUACGGCGAGACCUUCUUUCGCCGCGCCACGGGGCGCUUCUCCAACGGCCGCCUCGUCCUCGACUUCAUCGCGGACACGAUGGGGCUCCCGUUCGUGCGGCCGUAUCUCAGCGGUCGGCGCGCGGAGGACUUCGCGUGCGGUGCCAACUUCGCCGUGGGCGGCGCCACGGCGCUCGGCCCGGACUUCUUCCGCUCCAGGGGUUUUGACAUCGGCGACGGACGGGUGCACCUAGACUUGGAGAUGAAGUGGUUUCACGAUCUGCUUGAGCUCCUCUGCCCCAGCGGCAGCUCCGGUUGCUCAGACAUCAUGAGCCAAUCCCUCUUCAUCGUUGGAGAAAUUGGGGGUAAUGACUACAACCUACCUCUUCUCUCCAGAGUACCGAUUGAAAAGAUCCGCUCAUUCACACCAAGUGUCGUUGCUAAAGUUUCUUCAACAAUCACCGAAUUGAUUGGGCUAGGAGCCAAGACUCUGGUAGUUCCUGGGAACCUCCCAAUUGGGUGUGUCCCAAAAUAUCUGUUGAUAUUCAAGAGUGAUGACAAAGAAGAUUAUGAUCCAGAGACGGGUUGCCUCAGGUGGAUGAACGAAUUUUCAGAGUACCACAACAAGCUUCUCCUGGAGGAGCUGGAGAAGCUGCGCAAGCUUAAUCCUGGUGUGACUAUUAUCUAUGCUGACUAUUAUGGAGCUGCAAUGGAAAUUUUCCAUUCCCCGGAACGAUUUGGUAUCGAGGAACCUUUGGUGGCUUGCUGCGGUGGAGAAGGACCCUAUGGUGUGUCCCUUUCUACAGCCUGUGGAUAUGGAGAUUACAAGGUGUGUGAUAAUCCAGACAAGUAUGGCUCGUGGGAUGGUUUCCAUCCAUCGGAAGCUGCAUACAAAGCCAUUGCAAUGGGCCUUUUGCGAGGGACAUACACACAACCAUCUAUUGCUUCCACCACCAGUUCCUGUCCACAGCUCACUGAGCUCGGCUCUUCUGUUGAAUACAAGGUCCUCUACGAUUUAUAG